ACCGCCCGUGGGUACCGACGCUUGUGUUUUCUCCGGCUAAACUGCCUGUGAUAAAUACAAUGAGAUCAAGUCGUCAUUGGAUGUAUACACGAAUUAGAAAUGGUCUUCUCACUGAGGAGUUUUUGGCUGGUCUUGAAACUUUCAUCCAAUUUGCUACUAGUCAACAUAGUUGGAUGGACGGGGAAAGAAUUAGGUGUCCAUGUACUCAGCGCAAGUGUCAAAACACCAAGUUUUUAGAUGUGCCUACUGUGAAAUAUCACUUAGCAAAAUAUGGAUUUGUAUCGGACUACUAUAUCUGGCGCUUCCAUAGCGAGAGUAAUGUGAGGGUAGAUGUUGAUCGAGAUGUUGGUGGGCCAUCUCAAAUGGCUAGUGAAGAAACAUCUAAUGCUUACCACACAAUGGUUAUGGAUGCUAAUGCUCUUGAAUUUAAUUUGGAUGCAUUAGAAGAAUCGCCAAAUCCUGAGGCCCAAAAGUUUUAUGACAUGCUGAAAGCUGUAGAUCAAGAGUUGUGGCCUGGGUGUAAAAAACACUCGCAGUUGUCCCUUAUAGCUCGACUUAUAAGCUUGAAAUCAGAGAACCACAUAUCAGAAAAAUGUUUCAAUCAAAUCACUGAACUUAUGAAAGAAGUUGUUCCGGAGAAUAAUCUAGUUCCUGACAACUUCUAUGAAGCUAAAAGGCUAUUACGGGCAAAACGGACUUCAACUGGGAGGCUAGCUUGUGUACCUAAAGAAACAUGGCGCAUUUGGGAGGCAUAUUGGGAUAGACUUGAUGUGAAAGCUAAAUCUGAACAACAACGCAAGAAUAAGAUGAGUGAGGUGGCAAGACCUCGUACGGGAUGUUCUCGACAUAUCAGAGGAUCUAGAUCAGCUAUUGAGCACUAUCAUAAACUGGAAGAAAUACAAGCGCAACGUGAUUUUGCAAUGCAGGAAGUUGAAGGGUCAACUAAGCCACCAAUUAUAAAUAUGUCACAGCUAAAGAAACAACGUAUUUCUGGCUUAGGGACUAAGGAGAACAGCUGUAGUUCAUCUGCUACUUCACAACUUAAUCAAGAUGCAAUGAAGGAGAUCGUGACCCAACAGUUACAAACCAUGCUAGCUGAGAUGCAGACUCAACUACAAGCUCAAAUGGAGGCUAAAUUACAAGCUGAAAGAACUCAAAUGCAGGCUCAAAUGUAGGCUCAAAUACAAGCUCAAAUUACAAGCUUGAUGGAUGAGUUGCGUCGCAAUGGCAUGCUAUCCAUUUCUAUGCCACGACAUCCAACUACUCAAGCUG